AAGACACACAUUCCCCGUUUUCUUAUCCAGCUGACAGGAAAAAUAGGCAAGGAGAUCUGGUGGGAAUAAGUGUGAGAAAAAAAAGCGAACUGAAAUUUAUAACAAAAGCUUAAAAAAAAAAAAAGUGUACCUCUCAAGACAAGGGGAGAGUUGCCAACUCGUCUCUUUUGUGUCGGUAGAGCCACAGGGGAGUGAAACCACGUGUCAGUCGCAUCCCCGCGGGAGAAUACGAACAGUAAAGGGGGAAAAAAGUGGGAUUUCUGUGCUUGUGAUAGAUUAAAAGGCAUCAAAUAAACUGAUAAGUAAAGGAAAACAUUGCACUUUAAACUUGAUGACUGAAACUGCAAAAUGUGACAACAGAAUUACAAAAAGACAUCAAAAUUUAUUAGAGAAUCGUAAUUUUGUUGCAAUAUUGGUCUAGUCACGCCUCUAGAAGUAAAGAAAUCACGAAAAACAACAUAUAUAAGGUGCCUGUGUAAUUAAGUGAAUAUUAUCUAAAUAAAGUUGUUUUACACUACACAGCAGGAUGACAGCGCUGUCGAGGAAAUUUGUGGUGGUGGCUACCUUACAUAAAGAGCUGAGCCAAGCGAGUAGGACCCAUAUGUUACAAGUCCUGAGAGGCGCUAAUCCAAUGAAUCCCAGUGCAGAUCUCGUCAUUGGAAGCACAAAAGAAGUUGCACACAAACUCCGUCACGAAACUUACUGGAACGGAAGCAUCGCGUUACAAGACUUCUCAGAGGAUUCUCGAGGUGAGAAAGGAAUUGCUGAAAUGAAGAGGUUGGCCCAAUGGGUCGUCCUAGAUGAAUUAGAUACUGACGCCUCUUCCCAGGUUUUCAGGGAUAAAGCUGCCCUUGCACUCGGAAAUGGAUUUAAGGUAACCAUGCGCCUUGGAGUAUUACCAAAUAUGAACAUGGAGGAUAAUGAAGGUGACCUAUUCGACAAAAUACAUCUCUUCAAAGACCUCAUCAAGACGUAUCCUAACCACAUAGCCAUUGCUUUGGAGACGUCUGGUUCCAGCGCCAAAGAGAAAAGCGUUUUUUUAAAAGAGACAAGAAAAACUUUGGCCAAAUUACGUCUCUGGUUACGCCAGAACAUCAACCAAGAAACUGCAGAACAGAUUCAGCUUCUUGUCUCGAUUCCUGAGAAAACUGUGGACUUGAGUGCCCUUGCACAGCUGCCAGAUCUCGACGGCUUCUUUGCCGAGAGUAUUUCAUCGCCCUUCGAAGUGAUUCAGUUGGUUGGUGCUUCCAAGUACUGGACAAAACACUUAUGGAAGAAAUACCUGAGCGUUAAAAGAAGUACGGCUCUCAUUGGUAACAUAAGACAUAAGCAUUUCAAAUCAAAGGUCUUUACUCAGUGUCGCUGCCCCAAGAGAUACAUUUCUAUGCUGUAAAAGCUGAUUAGUUCUUUAUUUUGAAGAGCACUUUUGGGCAGUAUAGUUUCAAAGACAAAUCAGUGAAUGUAACCUUCAUUUGUAAAAAUAAUUCCUGAUACGCCGUAAAAAUGAAAUUGUAACAACUGUUUUGGUGAAUACUAAGUGAAUAAAAUGU